CAGUCGUUCCCCGGGCUGCAGUCGAACUUUCGUCCUCCGAUUGACAGCGGUGAGGAGACUUAUGUUGGUACUGGACGUCUCCGUGGUCGAAGGGCAUUGAUCACUGGUGGCGACUCUGGGAUAGGCCGAGCAGUUGCCAUUGCCUUUGCUCGCGAGGGAGCAGAUGUCGCCAUCAACUAUCUCUCACAAGAGCAGCCAGACGCAGAUGUGGUCCAAUCGCUCGUGGAAGCCGAAGGCAGAAACUUCUUCGCCAUCCCAGGAGACCUCCUUAAUGAGACUUUCUGCACUGAAUUGAUUUCUUCUGCUGCUGAAAGCCUCGGAGGGCUCGACAUCCUCGUCCACAAUGCCGGGUACGCAAGGAACGAGUUCGAUAUCAGGAACCAUUCGACGGAGCAGUUUGAUCGAACCUUCCGCACGAAUGUUUACGCUGGUUUUUUCCUCACCCGGGCUGCCGCUCGAAUUAUGCUGCCUGGCUCCAGCAUCAUCUAUACCGUCUCAGGCGUGGCUCCCCGGGGUGUGAAUUACCUCAUCGACUAUGCAGCCACGAAGGCAGCGUUGGUAUCGUUCGUCCGAUCGUUGUCUAUUCAGCUCGCUCCACUGGCAAUCCGGAUCAACGCUGUUGCUCCAGCCAUAACUUGGUCGAACUUCGAUUCAUCUCAAGGCUGGAAUACCUCCGCUGUAAGGAACAUUGGCGCCGGUAGGCCUUGGAGAAGAGCUGCUCAGCCUGUGGAGAUGGCGCCGCUGUAUGUCACUCUGGCGGAGAGCAUCAACAGCUUCACUUCCGGAAGUGUCUUUGCAGCCGAUGGAGGC